AUGACUGCGACGUUAAGAUCGAAUGUCCACUCACGUUUUUUGGCACCUGCUUCUUUAAGUGUUAACGAUUAUUUUAAGAAAACGAAUGCCCAGGACUGGAAGCUUAAACAUUAUCUAAAUUAUCGUUUGGAGAACGAAAAUAUAAUUCCAACAUGGACCGCUGUUUAUAACGAUUGGAGUCAAGCACAUCGAGGAAAAAAUAUACUCCUAUCCGAUCUGCUAGAGACGACAAAUAAGAAGAGAUCACAGGAAGACAAUUAUGACAAUGAAGCAGGCCCAUCAAAUGAAAAACGUAGUCGGCAUGAGGAUUCAUCAUAUGAAGGAACAUAUCAAGACGAACCAUAA